CCCAACAAAAGUUCAAAACGAUCAGCUGUUUUUGACAUGCAUUUUACCAGACAUUUGUUGAAUGAGGUAUAAAUAAACAAUAAAUUAACAUUGAAACGCGAACCAAACAAACGUUACAUAAACAUAGCAAGAUAAUAAUUCAACGUAAACAAAAACAAUUUUUCGAACAUGAUUGAAAUGGCAUUAGAAGAAGAUUUGCCAGAGGAAUUUAAGGGUGGCACCCUUCGCAUAAAUCCUGAUGCCAAAAAUGAUCCGCCCAAAACUGUAAAUCCUGCCUUUGAUAAAAUUGAUAAGAACCCGUCAGAUAUAAAUAAUCAGAGCAACAGUUGUCAUUGGAAGAAUGCUUUUAUUGCACCACUAUCAUCAAUACCAAAUAAAAUAUCUGAAACAAUAUGGAGUUCCAAGGGAAGCAAAGAUGAAACUCCACCGCAAACAGCGACAUCAACAACGGCCCCAGUGACUGCCAACGAAAAGAGCUUACAGCCAGCAAUCAGUAUUAAAGAAGACCCCAACAAUUUUUUUACUUUUCGUGAUGGUGUUAUCGACAGGGCAGUCAAAGAAUGUACCGCUCACCUGUUAGACGAGUCUGAAGGACCAGUAUAUGCAUCUUUUUUGCUCACGCAAAUCAAUCAUUGGGAUACUGACAAAGAACGCUUGUUGAUGUUGACUGCCAAGAAUCUGAUAUUAGUUAAGUAUGAUUUUAUUGCACUGAGACGCUUGGGUUGCAGAAAACUACAAUUCAGCGACGUAGAGGGAAUUGUUAUUGGUAACUUAGUUUAUCCUAAUGGGUCACUUAUACCAGAUCGUAAUAUGAGAGGAAUUCGUUUGCUGCUUAAGCAAGACAAACCGGAAACCUUGACUUCAAAAUGGAAUCCUUUUAAUAGUGAAGUUCCUUUUUUGACAUUUACAUACCAUCCUCUCUAUUUUCAUAAAGACUGUACAGAUGAAAAAAUUCGCAAUAUAUACAACUUGGACCUUUUCAUCGAACACAUUUGCCUGUCCAUACAAAAAUGGAAAGAAAACAGCAUCAUCCUACAACACAACAUCCUUUUGGAGAAUUACGUGGGCCUCGGUUCCGUAAUACACAACAGAAACUCGCUCGGAUUUUUCAAAGUGAGAGGAAAAUUCAGUUUCUAGACGAAACAAAUAAUAAAUCGAAUUUAAAGUAAUCUCGAUGUGAUAUGUAUUAUUUUAGAGUCAAUUAAUCAAUGCUUAUGUAAAAAAAAAAUUGGGUAAAUAAUAUAUGUGGGGUUGCAAAUCAAUAUUUUUCGCUUAAAAGUCGUGCUAAAGAUUGAAUAAUAUUUUUACUGUUUAAGAAUAAUAUAUAUCAAGUAAAAUUGUAAAUUAAAUGGUUUUGUGGAAAUUAACGGUUUCUACCAAAAAUAAACCCCGCUGGUGAAAUAAGUUCGAAUUUUCAAUAAUUUCGUCUUCAAUAUUGAUUGCGUCUUUUUCAUUUCUGUUCUCAUCUUCUCCAGAACAAAAUGUUCAUUUUUCUUUGUUAUCUCAGUCUUUCAUCCAGUUUGAAAUUUUCACCACACAAUUCCCUCAUUUUCUACUUCCUUUCUUUUGUUCGGAAGUUUUGCCGUCUACCCGUCUACUAUGUUUCUAAUUGAUGUUGCAUCGUCUGUAUUUUUGUCUCUUUCUACAAUUAACCUGUGCGGCCUGGAGCCAUCACGGGUUGCUUCAAUUUCAAAAAACGUUAGUUUCGAACUAUUGUUAUUCGAACCUAUUUCACCAACUCACUGAAAUAUUUUAAAUAUGGCGUAACUUAAGUCGUACUAAACGUUGUAAUAGAUAAAUUAAGAAUAACGGCCAUAAUUGUGGUUGUAAAAAGUUAAAAUUCGAUUGUUUUUACAAUCUGAAAACAAAAUAAGUAUCUGAAAGGUCUGUACAAAAUACCAUAUUUUAUCUUAGUGAAAAGUUACUCUCAAUAUUAACCUCAUUUCGACAACCGAUUUAAUGCCAAAAUUUUUUCCAUUAAUUUCAAUGUUAUUUUGUUGAAAGUCUGUUACUCCGCUGGCGUUACAACUAAAAGGUAAAAAGAGCUUAUGGUCGAACCAUUUUUUUAUUGCCUUAAUGUCGGUGUCUACUUUUGCUUUGAGUUGUUUCCAAGUGUCUGCUUCAUAAAAAAUGGCAAUAUCAUCUGCGUAUCCUAUGAUUUCACCAGUUGUAUCUAAGUGAAACAGCUCAUUCACAUACAGAUUAAACAAAAUAGGCCCUAGGACUGUACCCUGUGGUACACCAUAUUCAAUAGAUGCUUCUUCACUUAUGUUAUCCCCUACUCUUACCACUUGGUUUCUUGUGCAUAGAUAACUUUUAAAAAGAGUUAGAACGUUUCCCCUGAUCCCCACGUCUUCUAGGGUUUGGAUCAGAGAUGGAUGACUUACCGUGUCAAAAGCCUUACCUAAAUCUAUAAAUAGGCAUAAGCAAGAUUUCCCAUUUUCCAGCGAUUUGUGUAUAUUUUUUGUUAAAUUUAAAAUAGCGUCCACAGUUGAGGUCUUUUCUUUGAAUCCAUAUUGUUUAUUUGACAAAAGAUUAUAUCUAUUUAAAACUUUAGCCAGAUGACUAAUCAAUGAUAUUGGUCUAUAGUUACCAACAGAUGUUUUAUCUCCAUUUUUAUAAACAGGUACUACAAUAGAGCUUUUGAAUGCAUCAGGCCAUAUUCCCUUUUCAUUACUUUUAUUUAUUAUGUAAGCUAAUGGAUCUGAGAUAUGAUAGAAUACCUUUUUUAAAAGCUCUGAUUUAAUUUCAUCAAUUCCUGGAUAUUUAUUAUUUUUUAAAACAUUAAUGAGGUUAAAUAUUUCCUUAGAAUUUGUAGGUGUUAGUAGCAUUGAAUUAGAUAAAGUUUUUGAUUUGCAUUUAUACUUAGCGUCUUUUUUAAUUUUUUCUGCAAGUGUUUUCCCGAAGUUGACAAAUUGUUUGUUAAAUUCGUUAGCUAUCUGCAUGUUAGUAGUUAAUAAAACUUCAGUAUUAUUGAUAAUUUUUUCAAUAUUACAUUUUUUAGUUUUCCUUCCGCAAAGUCCAUGUACCGUGUUCCACAAAUAUUUUGAAUUAUUUUUAUUUUUUUCAAGUUGUUUUUUAUAAUAAUUUUGUUUAUUUCUCUUUCAUUUGUAAGUUUAUUUUUGAAUGACGUAUAUUCGUCUUUUAAUAAAAUAUUUUCAGGUUGUAGGAUCGUUUUUUUAUACAUUUAAUUAUUUUUAUUAAUUAACUCUAAUAGGCUAUUUGUGAGCAAAGCCAGUGUUUUUUCGUGUACAUAGCUUUUUUGUAGUGCAAUGUUUUAUCAUUGUUUUAAUUUCCGUAAUAAAAUUAUUUGCUGCAAUAUUUGGGUCCUCUAGUGUGAAAAUGGAGUCCCAUGAAUUGUUCUUAAAUAAUUCUAUGAGUUUAGGGUAAUCUAUGAAUUCUUUAUAUUUUGUAAUAAUUGAUUUUUUCUUUCAUCCUCAAAAACGACUUGCAGAAUAAUUGAAUCAUGAUCGGUAAUGUUUGAUUUAAAUAUUAUUUGGAUGGUCAUAUUAAUCGACUCAUAUUUUUUUGGUUUAAGGAAAAUGUGGUCUAUACAAGUUUUUUGUCUAGUAGGUUUGUUUAUCAUUGAUAUGUAUCCAAAUUCAUUUAGUAUAUUCAAGUACUCCGUUUUAUUGUAAUUAUUUUCUAAAAUGUUUAUAUUUAUCUCCAAGAAAAAUGCUGUAUUCGUAUUUUUUGACUGAUUUUCUUCAAAAUAUUCUUGUAAAAUUUGUAAGAAAUCAUCAGCGUUAGAUGAUGGUGAUCGAUAACAAGCAGUAAUUAAUAUAUUUUCGUUACCAAUUUCUGCUUUUAGGAAGUUUAUAGUUCCUUUAGUUAUUAUAGAAUGUUUGAAUGAAAAAAUAUUUUUAAUGAAGUAACUUUGUACUAAGAUGAGUUUAAAUUGGAUUAUAAUGGAUUUUGUAGAGAUCGUUUCUUCUCAGUUUUUGUCGUUAUAUUUAUAAAUAUGAUGGAAAUUAAUAAUAUUUGAGUUAUGAAAUAAAAACUUCUUUACAACCGAUUAUAAACAUCGAGAGGUUCUUUAAGUUAUGAUAACCAAACAUAUUUUUGAAACGAAUAUAUAUCAUUUUCGAAGAAUUACACGUAGUGUCAACCCAAUAUCCCAAAUAGGAUAAAAUAUUGUAUAUUUUGAUACUAAAAUUACAUUUCAGCUUUAGCAUACUUUCGAAUCUAACGAAUUUUAUGGUUAUAAUAAAACCCUACUAAACAUAUUUUUGGAGAGAAUCGUAUUGAUUUCAACAAAAAGUAUUCCUAAAAAAUUAGAUUUUAAGUUUCCUGGCCAAUAUAAAGAAAUAUAUCGAGUAUUAUAUCAAUUUAUUUUUGACAUAUCAUGAUGGUUUUUCAGCAUUAAUGAGAGGUUAGCAAAUACUACUAUAAACCGUAAUUAUUGUUAAUUUUUUUUAGUAGAGAAUUAGUAUUUUUCGUUUUAUUGAAUAAUUUUUACUAAUACAUGGUGGAUUGGUGAUUUAAUUUAAAUAUACAGAGUCCAUACUAUUUCAUAGUGACAGUAUUGCUGUUUUCUAAACGGUAACAGACAGAAAGUUAAAUUAGAUGAAAGUUGAUUUAUGCUCAUUAAAAUGGUGCCAAGAAUUCGUUGAUAUCUACAGGGACAUUAAAGAUAUCAUACAAAACAAUGAGUUAAUUUAAAGAAAUGACAAUUUAGAAAUCUAGAACCUUUACCUGUACAUGCAAAUUAAAUCCGGUCCACUGUCUAUAUUGCAAAAUACAAAUUACUGUUUAUAGUAUAACCUUGAUGCACACCAAAGCGACGCCUCUUGAAUGUUUUUGGGUUUCUUUUUAUUACUUUAUGCACAUAAAUGGAUAAAUGUAUAAAAAGUUGUAUUGCACUUUUGUAAUGUUUUGUUAUUUAUUUAUAUAUCUAUAUAAAUGUGUUCCUUUUUGGCCUAAAAUAAAUAUAUCUGUUUACU